CCAAUUGGUAAAUACAUGGAAGCAAUGAACACAUUCAACAGUGCCUUAAAAAUGCUGAAAAUGGAUCCUGUCGAAGUGGCAUUGGCAUAUCCAAACCGUUCAGCGUGUUUUCUCCAUUUGAAUAUGCCAGAAGUGUGUUUGUUUGAUAUCGAGUUGGCAAAGAAGUUAAAGCAUCCGGCACACUUGAUGCACAAAUUGGAUGCUCGAGCAUCGAAAUACACCGCAUUGUUGAUCGACGAACAGUUCGAAGACAGUCGUUUCACUCCGAUGACACCAAAGUUAAGUUUCGACGAGCAUAAAGAAUUUGCCGGUGUUGUCAACUGCUUGAAAAUUCGGAAAAAUGAUGAAUUCGGACGUCAUAUCGUCAUAACACGUGAUUUGCAAGUUGGUCAAACGUUCUUGAUCGAAAAACCGUUCGCAAUAAUUCCCAUGCGGUUUCAUGGUGCUCCGGCUCGUGUUCGAUGUUCACACUGCUUCGAAGCCUGCAUCAACCUAAUCUCGUGUAAAAAUUGCAAAGGUGUCAGCUACUGCAAUGAAGAAUGUAUGGCAAUGUCAUUCCACAAGUACGAAUGCAAUAUGCCAAUAUCAUUGUCGCGAAAGGAGACUUUUGAGCUACUGAUGCGCAUGUUUUUCAACGUAAAUGCCGCAUUUACCGACAUCGAUAUGCUGAUGAAAACAGUCGAUACGCUGCUCAAAGGUGGAAAACUGGACAAUUUGACAACAGAAGCUCAACGGAAUUUUUGCUCGUUAUUUCAACUCACUCAUAAUCAUCGCAAAAUGUUGGAACAUCAAAUGGAUCGUUUUCGAGCUGCCACCGAUGUCGCAAUCAUUACAAUCAAUCGAUUCCCCGACUUGAAGUCUCGAUUUCGUACACUAAAACAUCAACGUUUUCUGCAACAUUUGCUGUUGCAUUUGUUUCACAUUGCUGAGCAUGCGGUCGAAUUGUACGAAUACACCCAGGAAAAGGACAGUGACAGCAUGAGCAAAAUGGAAUGUGAACGUUACGCCUACGCAAUGUAUCCAUUCAGCUGCUACAUCAACCAUUCUUGUCUACCAAAUGUCUGGAUGUACUCCGUCGAUGAUCGUUUGAUUGGUAAAGUAAUCCGUCCAAUCAAAAAAGGUGAACAACUGUUUCGAUCAUAUGCCGUUGCUCUUUAUGCCACCGAAGGAUUGGAACAAAAACGAUUGGCAAUGGACCUUCAAUUCCAUUUCAAGUGCAAGUGUUUUAUUUGUACAAAUAAGCAAUGGUCAUCACAAAUUGAACGGAUGAGCCUCGCAAACGAUCCACUGUACAAGGUUGGAAUAAAACCGUACGAAAUGAAUACACAGGCAUUUCGAAAACAAUCUCGUAAAACGAUUGAAGAGCAACUGAAGAAGGCGACUGAAUUCUUGGAAAAACACGAUCACUUGCAUCCAGUGUACGAUACUAUGGUCAUGCAGGGAAAUUUAUUCGGCAUGUGGAGCACGCUGACAUCACGCUACUGAAUCCAUUACGAUUACCAUUGAUGAUUGCAUCAUCCGAAUGUAUGUGUAAUUCGCUUGCAUCACAACAUUUCAUAUCAUUUCAUACCAUUCAAGCCAUUUGAUAUUAUCUAGUUUUAAAUUACCAACGCUCACAUUCCCUCAGAAAUCGUGAAAAAAAAUCAAAUACGCUCUUAGGUAUUUAUUCAGAGCAAUAAUAUAUUUUAAAAGAAAAAAAGAACAUUUUACGUACGCGAUUUUUACUGACAUUUCUUUCAGUCAGUUUCAUAAGCAAAAUUAUUCCUGAACAUGAACAUACAUGAAUUGAAUGGCAUUUUUCCUUGCUUUGUGUUUACAUUUCUUUAUUUGGUUUCAAUAGAAAAUGCGAAACAGCUGACUGUCAGAAAUGAUAGCAUACAAAAUCAUAUUUCUCAAUAAAUUCGUUGUUUUUUUUUCUGCUGUUUAAUGAAAGUGAAUUAUUUUAUGUGGUAAUUCAGGGAAUUGUUUACAGGGUUUCUCGCUGUUUUAACGCUGUAAUAUAGGCGUGAGUGUGAUUAAUUCAAUUAAAUCUCAUAAUAUUGUUAUUUUUCUCUGUGUGGAUCACUGAGUUUAUCAGAAUUUAAGAAAGAUAAAGAUGCAAAUUUGAAAGAAAUAAAAAUAAAAAUUCAAGCCCAGAAAA